CUUUCCCCUGUUUCCAACAUGGCGGCGUCGGCUGGAGACGAGCAGUUCCCGUUCCAAGGGCUUCUGCCCAAGAAGGAAACCGGAGCUACCUCCUUCCUUUCCCGGUACCCGGAGUAUGAUGGACGGGGAGUUCUCUUGGCCAUUUUAGACACGGGUGUGGAUCCCGGCGCGCCGGGCAUGCAGAUCACAACUGAUGGAAAACCCAAGAUAGUUGACAUAAUUGAUACAACUGGCAGUGGGGAUGUAAAUACUUCAACUGUUACAGAAUCAAAAGAUGGAGAAAUUACUGGUCUUUCAGGAAGAAUUUUAAAGAUACCAACUAACUGGAUAAAUCCUUCAGGAAAAUAUCACAUUGGCUUAAAAAAUGGUUAUGAUUUCUAUCCUAAAGCUCUUAAAGAGAGAAUACAGAAAGAACGCAAGGAAAAACUUUGGGAUCCUGUCCACAGAUUAGCACUAGCAGAAGCCUGUAGAAAACAAGAAGAAUUUGAAGCUGCUCAAACUUCUCCAUCACAGGAAAACAAAUUAAUGAAGGAAGAGCUUCAGAGUCAAGUGGAAUUGCUAAACUCUUUUGAGAAAAAAUAUAAUGAUCCUGGCCCUGUUUAUGACUGCUUGGUGUGGCACGAUGGUGAAACUUGGAGAGCUUGCUUAGAUUCCAAUGAAACUGGUGACCUUUCUAAUUGUACUGUUCUACGGAACUACAGAGAAGGUCAAGAAUAUGGAUCUUUUGGAACAUCAGAAAUGUUAAAUUACUCUGUCAAUAUUUAUGAUGAAGGCAAUUUGCUUUCGAUUGUGACAAGUGGAGGUGCACACGGAACACAUGUUGCUAGUAUAGCUGCUGGGUAUUUUCCUGAACAGCCAGAUAGAAAUGGUAUAGCCCCUGGUGCACAAAUACUUGCUAUUAAGAUUGGUGAUACAAGGUUAAGCACUAUGGAAACCGGGACUGGUCUUAUCAGAGCAAUGAUAGAAACAAUAAAAUAUAAAUGUGACCUUGUCAACUACAGUUAUGGGGAGGCAACUCACUGGCCAAAUGCUGGGAGAAUGUGUGAAGUUAUUAAUGAAGCAGUAUGGAAACACAAUGUAAUUUAUGUUUCAAGUGCUGGGAACAAUGGUCCCUGUUUGUCUACUGUUGGAUGCCCAGGGGGGACAACAUCUAGUGUGAUUGGCAA